GAUAAAUAUGGAGUCAUGGGUAGUGUGGUUGGUUCUUGUAUAUUCGCAUAUGUUGGUGUUUCAGUUUUCAUUCUCUCAUUCCUUAUGUCAUCCUCACGAUAAAAUUGCAUUGCUCCAAUUCAAAACCUCUCUCAAUUAUUCUCACAGCUAUUAUCAUCGCAAUUGUGGUAAUGUUGAUCGAAAGAUAGCAACUUGGGAAAACGAAACAGAUUGUUGCUCAUGGGUUGGGGUUACUUGUCACCCCUUCUCUGGUCGCGUCAUAGGUAUUGAUGUCUCAUGCAGUGGUCUUUUCGGUGCAAUUCUUCCCAAUAGUACUUUUUUUCAUCUUUCUCAUCUUCAAUCACUUAAUCUUGCUUUCAAUUCUUUCCUCACCUUUCAACUUUCAUCUCUCUUUGGUGGGUUUGUGAGCCUUACACACCUCAAUCUGUCAAGUUCUUUAUUAAUAGGUGAAAUUCCCUCCCAAAUCUCACAACUUUCCAAAUUAGAAUCACUCGAUCUCUCUGAUAAUUACAUGUUAACCUGGAAAGAAAGCAGUUGGAAUAAGUUCCUACAAAAUGCAACAAUUUUAAGAGAGCUUGUUUUGGAUAAUGUAGAUAUGACUUCAAGUUCAAUGAGUUCUCUCAAUAGGUCUACUUCUUUGGUUAGUCUUAGUCUCGUACGUACUAGAAUUCAAGGAAACUUGAAAAAUGACAUCUUAUGCUUACCAAAACUUGAAAAAUUGCUCUUGUCAGAUAACAGUGACAGUCUCAAUGGCCAGCAUCUUCCCAGCUUGAGUUGCAAUGGUGCUUCUCUUAGUAUAUUGGAUCUUUCAUUUAAUCAUUUUGAAGGGUCAAUCCCUUCCUUUUUCUCCAACCUCACACAUCUUACUUCCCUUGAUCUCUCAAAUAACCUCUAUCUCAAUGGUUCAAUCCCAUCCUCCCUCUUAACCCUUCCACAUCUAACUCUUUUGGAUCUUGGAUUCAACCAGUUCACUGGUCAGAUCUCAAAUGUCUUUCCCCACUCAAUCAGUUUUGAAAAGUUAGAUUUGAGUCAUAACAAUAUAGGAGGUGAGCUACCAUUCACACUUUCAAAUCUGCAACAUCUCAGUUUCUUGGAUCUUUCAAAAAAUAAAUUUACUGGUCAAAUUCCAUCCUCACUUUCAAAUCUUCAACAUCUUGUUAUCUUGGAUCUUUCUGAGAAUGAACUUAGUGGCCAAAUUCAAUCCUCAAUUUCAAAUCUUCAUCAUCUCACUUCUUUGAUACUUGCUAAGAAUGAACUUAGAGGUCAAAUUCCUUCGUCACUUGUAAAUCUUCAACAUCUCAAUAUCUUAGAUCUUGCAUAUAACAGAUUGGAGGGCCCUCUACCCAACAAAAUCAUAGGACUUCCAAACCUUACUAACUUAUACUUGAAUGACAACUUACUAAAUGAGACAAUUCCUGUUUGGUGUUUAUCUUUGCCAUCUUUGCUAGAAUUGGAUUUGUCAGAUAAUCGGUUCACAGGACAUAUAAGUGCAAUCUCAUCACAAUCCUUGAAGUCUUUGUAUUUGUGCAACAACAAGCUACAAGGCAAUAUUCCACCAUCAAUCUUCACCCUUGUAAACCUAACUGGACUGUGUUUAUCAUCAAACAAUUUCAGUGGUCUUCAUAACAGUUCAUUCUUCACUGACGUCAAUUACAAAUUCCCUCACUUAGAUAGAUUGUAUUUAUCUUCUAUGGGUUUAACCGAAUUUCCAAAAUUAUCAGGAAAAGUCCCAAUGUUGGCACAACUUGAUCUAUCCAACAACAAAUUGAAUGGAACAUUGCCAGAAUGGUUGCAGCAAAUGAAUUCACUACUACUUUUAAACCUAUCCCAAAACCUGUUGACUGCUCCAAUAUUGAACCAACUCUCAAGGAACAAAGGUCUCUUCAUCCUUGAUCUCAGUUUCAAUUUACUCACUGGCAGCAUAUCUUCCUCAAUUUGUAAUGCAAGUUCACUUCUUGUUCUCAUUUUGUCCCACAAUAAGUUGACAGGUGUCAUUCCACCAUGUCUUGCAAACUUGAAAUUCCUUGUUGUUUUGGAUCUACAAAGGAAUGAGCUAAAUGGCACUUUACCAAGUAACUUCUCAAUGGAUAGUAAGGUUGCUGUUUUGAAUCUCAAUGACAACCAAUUGGAAGGUGUUUUGCCAAAAUCUCUGUCCAAUUGUUCACAAUUGGAGAUCUUGAAUAUUGGCAACAAUCAAAUUGAAGAUAAAUUUCCCCAUUGGCUUCAAACCCUACCAAUGUUAGCAGUACUGGUAUUGCGAGUCAACAAAUUUUAUGGCUCCAUUCCUAGUCUAGAGAAUAACCAUGGAUUUUCAAGUUUAUUUAUUUUCGAUAUCUCAUCCAACUACUUCACUGGUCCAAUACCAAAAUCCUAUCUACAAAAUUUUCAAGCCAUGAAGAAUGUUACUCAGUAUAAAGUUGGGGAGCUAUACAUGAAUCAAUUGCUACAAGAAUUUGUAACUGUAACCACAAAAGCCAUGAGUAUGACAUUCAACAAAAUUCCAAAAAACUUGGUAACCAUGGACUUAUCACAAAAUAAUUUUGAAGGGGAGAUUCCAUAUGUAAUUGGAGAGCUACGUGCUCUUAAAGGACUAAACUUUUCUCAUAACAAGCUUAGUGGUCCUAUUCCCAAAUCCAUUGGAAAUUUGACGAACUUGGAAUCGUUGGAACUUUCCUCAAAUAUGCUCACUGGUAGGAUUCCUGCAGAAUUAGCCAAUAUGAAUUUUCUUGAAGUCUUAAAUCUUUCCCAUAACCAUCUUGUGGGAAAAAUACCUCAAGGGAAACAGUUGAACACAUUUUCAAAUGACUCCUAUGUAGGAAACUCGGGAUUAUAUGGGUUCCCAUUGUCAACGAAUUACAACAACACUGAACAAAAAUCUCCAUCUUCUUUAGGGUUUCAAGGAAAGGAGAGAUUUGGAUUUGGAUGGGAACCAGUGGUUAUAGGAUAUGGAUGUGGAGUGAUAUUUGGAAUUGGCUUGGGAUUUUUUAUUGUAGAAAAGCUUGAAUGGUUUAUGAAAAUGGUUGGAGGUGUUCUUAAUAAAAAGGUGGAAAAGAAGUCAUGAAAAAUGGAGUAGAAUAAAUGAAUGGAUAUGUGGCAUGCCUUGAAAAUGUUUUAUGUACUUGUUCUUGUUCAAUUUCAAUUAUGUUGAGGAAAAACUUGUACAUCAAGAAUCUUGUCACACCAUUUUGGGUUUUUCAAUUAAUAUGAAGUGCAGUUAAU